AGCAGGCAGUGUUGUACAAUUUCGCAGUCAAGUCGGCCGAAGGUCCAACGGAGUGAACUAUUAUUUAUUUUGAGCAAAAAAUUUAAGUAUUUGUAAACCCCCAAGAUGUCCCUGUCGCUGGUCCUGCGUGGCGCUGCCCGUUGCAAUGCCGCAAAUCUCGUUAAAUCGGCCCGCAUCACGCCCCUGAAGAGCUAUUCCACCCUUGUGGCCAAUGCCCAGCGCCGGGCUGUGGUCCAGCCCCUGGCUUUGGCCAAGAUUGCUGCGCCUGUUGUGCGUGAGAUCUCCGUGAGCGCACCCCGAAUGGCCUCUGCCGGCGGCAGCCACACAUUGCUGUGGACGGUGGAACGUGUGGUAUCAGCCGGUCUGUUGGCCGUCAUCCCAGCUGCUUUCAUCGCCCCCUCCCAGGUGCUGGACGCUCUGCUGGCCGUAUCGGUGGUGAUCCACGCCCAUUGGGGCGUUGAGGCAAUGGUGGUGGACUACAUGCGUCCCUCCGUUGUGGGCAACAUCCUGCCUAAGGUGGCCCACAUCGCGCUCAUCAUCAUCUCGGUGGCCACGCUGGGAGGCCUCUUCUACUUCAUCCAGAACGACGUCGGACUGGCCAAUGGCAUCAAACGCUUCUGGGCCAUCAAAGGCAAGGAUGCUGAGAAGAAGCAGGCUUAAGUUUGGUUAACCAGUUGACGAACCACGAAACACCAGUUAUUUAUUCAUAGUUUCGCUAUAAUCAGGUCCGCGAUAGGCAGUAAAUAAACAAUUGUAUAAAGUAA